GUUGAUGGGCAGGCAGCUUGUUUGUGAUGCCCAAGCAGCUGCUGGACGGACUGAGGAGUCGAGUACCCGGUGCUCGAUUCGGUGGACACUCUUUGAGACUCAGUCCGGCACUUUUUCUUUCGCUUUCUUAACAAGCUCUACGUUUUCUUUUCUAACGGCUUCUUUCUUUGCUUCCCUUUCGCCUUCACCGUGAACUUAAGGACCGAGCCGCCGGGUUUUGCGCUUCUCUCGCAAAGCCCAUGCAGCUCACGCGAGGCCCCCAAUGAGAGGCGCAGACGAUGGAGCUGCACAUAUUGGAGCACAGUCUGAAAGUGGCAAGCAUAGCCAAGGAGGGGAUCCAGCUGUUCACUCAUGGACUCAUCAAACUAGCUUUUCUUCGCUCCAGAACAGGGUGUAAAUUCUUCAGCCUGACUGAAACUCCAGAGGAUUAUACUAUUAUUGUUGAUGAAGAAGGCUUUAGAGAGCUUCCUGAGUCAGAAUUCCUGAGUGUGGCUGAGGCAACUUGGCUGGCCCUCAAUGUUGUCUCAGGUGGUGGAAGUAACUCUGGCUCUCAGCCAAUCGGAGUCACAAAAAUUGCCAAGUCAGUGAUUGCACCCCUUGCAGACCACAACAUAUCAGUGUUUAUGUUAUCCACAUACCAGACUGACUUCAUUCUGGUACGAGAACGGGACCUGCCUUUGGUUAUGCAUACCCUGGCUGCGGAGUUUACACUACUGCGUGUUAUCAAUGGAGAGACAGUUGCAGCUAACAGCCUGGCAGUAACCAAUGGAUUCGUGAAGCCCAAGCUAGUUCAGAGGCCUAUUAUUCAUCCACUGUCCAGUCCCAGCAAUAUGUUCUGUGUGACAAGCCUUGACCCCGAAACACUGCCCUCUGUUGCCACUUUGCUGAUGGAUGUUAUGUUUUAUUCUGGAGGAAUCAAAGAAUCAGCAGUGGCAGAAGACUCCGGUCACAUUCGUUUUUUCUCCUUUUCUCUGAUAGAAGGCUACAUUUCCUUGGUCAUGGAUGUGCAGACUCAACAGAGAUUCCCCAACAACGUUCUCUUCACCAGUGCUUCAGGAGAACUUUGGAAAAUGGUGCGAAUUGGAGGGCAGCCACUUGGAUUCGAUGAGUGUGGAAUUGUGGCCCAGAUCUCUGAACCUCUUGCUGCUGCUGACAUUCCUGCUUAUUAUAUCAGCACUUUCAAGUUUGACCAUGCACUGGUCCCUGAAGAAAACAUUCAAAGUGUAAUCAGCGCCUUGCAGACCAGCAGUGAUCAACGGAAGUAAUGAGAAGUGGUGGCAAUUUAGGAGGGAAGGGUAGCCUUCUGAUAUACAGCUCUUUAUCUAUAAAAGACUGAACACUCUUAAAAGUGCCAAGAGGCUAUGUGAACGAAGAAGGAAAAAAGGCCAAAACAGGCAAAAAGGCCUUAUCUACCCAGCUCUGCACUCUCUUCCAAACUGUGCUAGUCUGCCACACUUGUCUGAGCCCAAAGCUAAUAUUACUGUAAUGUUGCUCAAUUCCCUCCACAUCACCUUUGUUUUUGUAAUAAGAUGACCUUCCGUACCAACUUGCCUGUUUUGAAGAGCACGGAAAGAUGGGCUGAGAGGGAGAUUUGGAAUGGAGGGAAAAAGCGCCUAUUCUCUUUGUGUUUUGGUCUUAUUUCUCCUCUCUACUUGGUGUUUUCUACAUCUUGGUAUUUCUGAAGGGGAGAUCAGCCAAAGGAAACUGCUCAGGCCCUGGUCUGCACUUUAUAUCUGAGGCUUUGUUGCUGGAUUACUGAAUACACAGACUGACCAGCUGUCCCCAGAGAAAACCAGACAGUGUUGAAUUAUUUUUGUUUGGGGAGCCCUUAGAUGUGGUUGAAUUACGAGAUUAAUAUUUUUAGAGUAAAUCUAAAAUAUUCGAUUUUUUUAUGAAGCCAUACAAUAGGAUAACAGAUAUUUGAAUAAAUAACGUGUUAGGCUCAGGCUCCUGGUGACAUGUGAAAACUUGUGUACUUAAAGCUAACAUGCAACUCUGGUGGUAAAUUGAAGGUUAUUUUCGAAACUGGAAAUAGAACACAAUAAGAAGGAAAAAAAAAACAACAAAGUGCUGGUACUGAAUAUUGUUUUUUGCAAAUAAGACUCAACAUAUCAGUUCUCAGAGUUGAGUACGGUGCUGGUGUUUAGUCUAACAAAGCACGAUUUACAAAUGAAUUGGGGUGUCAGUAUGACUAAUACUCAAGCCGUUUUCUAAUGUGAUUCAACACAAGUUGACAACCUUGUAGCCAUGUACUGUGUGCUUUACUUUUCUGCAUAUUCUGCUUGUGCCAUUGCUUCUCAUCAGAUUGCUUCAAGAAUGAGGUUGUCGAGCAGAACAGAGACCAACAUUAGCUUAGUUCUCAUCUGAUUUGGACAGUUUAUACUAUAGGUUGGUGUUUUAAUAAGUAAUCAAAGCUUCCCUAUCACAGUGUGUUACUUGUAGAAGAGAGAAAUAUUGUUCAGGAGAGGAUUCUUUUCAAAAUGAGAGGAGUUAAAAUACAGUGUACCUCCUCGGAUAAACCUAAAAGCAAAAAUUAUAGAUAAUGCAGAGAAGAUAAAUUUACCUAUCAGCCAACUUGAAAACAUCAUAUAGUCCAUUAAAAUAGAAGAAAUUCUGCACUUUUUAAAUGGUGUCCAAUGUUCUGAUGUUUAGUAGUGUAUUGUCCUGCCCUGAUGGGGACAGAAUGUAAUUUAUUAUGGGGCUGCACUAGCACACAUUAUGAUCAAAAAAGUCUUUGUGGAUAGUAUUGUCCGUUUUAGGUGCCAAAACAAGAUCCUCCGUAAAAGCUGCUAGUUUUGUUCCAGUUUUCUAAUCAGAUUCCAGAUCUAUCCUUUAAUUCUUGAAUUAGGUUUCUUUAGCAUCCUAACUGGUUUGGAAAAAUGUUCAUGUACAUCUGUUUUGUUUUUUUACACAUUAUUUAACAUUUUACCUUUUGUACUGCCCAGUUCCUUGGAUGUUUAGAACAUGUUUGAAUCCUUCUAAAAAUUAUACAUUAAGUACCUAAAAUCGGUCCCCUUUUCAUUAGUUACAUUGGAUAAGUAUGUUCUUUACAGAAUGGCUUGCUUCUCUUUAAAGUGCCUGACAAUGUCUUAUAUCUUAUAAAUCUGCUCCAAAAUAUUGACAUAAGAAAUAAUGCAAGUAUUACUUUAAGAGGCAUAUAAAAGAAAUGGGCAUGGGGACAGUAUUUUAAGUUGUCCAUGUUGCUUUAACAGUAAGUAAUACAACUAAAGAAAGCUUUUCAUAUACUGUACACAAUAUGUUGUAGUCUACUCAUAGUAGCAAGAAUGAAAUGUGACCUUUUAUAUAAAACAUUAAUUAGAUUAAAUUAAACAUCUGCAGAAACUGAACAGUUUUGAGAGUGUGAGUCAACAUUUUCAGACCCCAAAAACCAGCUUUCAUGCAGUUUAAAAUUUCUAAAUGUGAAGGAAACCUUUUUUCCUUUUAGCAGUAGUAUAUAGCUUUAACUAUUAAGUGGUCUUUGGCCACAAGCCUCUUCUGCAUCAUCCAACCUAAUAUUCACUUUUCCCAUUUGAAAAGGGGUUUCAUUUUCUGUUAAAAGUCAAUUUUAUAUACAGUGAUCAUAUCAGUGAUAAAUAACUUGGUAAUUCAUUCUCAUUUUUUUAACAUUUGAAAGUUUUGUAAUGCACACACAUCAUUCACUGAAGAAAGAAUUCAAAUAUAAAUUAAUAAAUCCAAUUCUUUGUAUAAAAAGCCAUGGUAGCAAUAAUGAGCUUUUCAGGAUAUCUUAGAAGAGCUAGCACAUACAUGCCUUUGCACUUCAUACAGACUGUGAACAGAAACAGGAUACUUUUUGUUUUUCAGAAUUCCUAGUUAAUCUCUUGUGAAAAAAAAAAAUAACCAUCUCAAUAAAAAAAACAGCAGCCUUUUAAUAUUUAUAUUUUAAAAUUUAUAUUCUACUUAAAGAACAAUUUAUUGAACACAAAAACAACAGGUAAUCUUGUUUGUGAGAUCUCUGUAACAAAGCAAUUAUUGCUUUUUGAGAUGCUAAUGGAAAUAAAAUGUGAAGAGUUUAUUGUUGCAAAAAAUAAGGUACGGUGUUUACUUCCACUGCUAUUUGCUUUUUUAAAUUUUAUUUUAAAACGGGGACAUAUUCAGACAUAUUCAAAAUGUGAAUAUUAAAUUUACACUGGUGACUGUUGGCACAUAGAAGUUAGCUGAAAGGUUAGGUUUUAAUAAUUCCAUAAAUGAAACAAAAAAGAAUCUUAAGUGUCAGUUGACCUCUAAAAAGUCUUUCUGUUCUUAUUCACAUUUAGGUAUUGAACUAGAAAUUUUGUAUGUUACAUUGAAUAUUCCAUUAAUUAAAAGCUGAUGGUUGUCUGCUUUGCACAGCUCUAGUCCAGAAUGAGGCGUGUGUGGUCAGGUCUGUGCUAACUCGAGUACAAUAAAGUGGUCAUCAGAUUUGCAGAACACAUUCUAAGAGAAUAUGCUCAGCAUAGCGGGUGGCAGGCUGAACCAACAGUGGGCAAAGGAUGGUUUCAAACAAACAUUGUAUGUGUUACAUUUAAAAUACAAUAUGAUUUUAACAUUCAUUUAAUGAAUAGUUUACACUUGAAAGUUUCAUUUUUUUUUUGUUUUACAAAAAUUAACUUAAAAAAGGAUUUUAAAAUGCAGUACAAAUCCUCCAGACUCUUUUCUUUUCAUGUAGAGGCAAUAAUAAACUCAACAAAUGAAGUAUUAGACAUGAAUAAAAAUAAAUGCAUUAGUGUGCCAAAAGCAUCUUUCGUGAUGUAAAUUUAUAUCAACAGUACAUGAAGUUAAAGAAAUUCAAAUUGGAGAAUAUUCAUUUUUAGUCUAUAUAGAAUUACAGUUUUAAAGAUUAUAAAUAUUAAACAUCAGAUGCAAAAGUUUAAACACACCAUAUUUAUCAUAUUUCAUGGUAUGUUUGUGUCUUUGAUUAAUUUUUAUUCAUUCCAGAUCGAAAGCCCUUUUUUCACCUGUUGUCUUCUAAGAUACAGAACCUGCAUUGUGUAUCCACUUACAGUGUCCUUUAUGCCCAGAUCAUGCCAAGCUGGUGCACAGUACCAUUGUGAUGGAGACAUGCAGGCAGAUUGACUCCCUUUACUUAGGGUGGUUUCCUGAUGAUCGUUUUCUGGUUACGUCAAUUUGUCAGGUCUACCUCGAUGCGUCUUAUGGCGUUUUCAAGUAACAUGGGUGUUAUCCAGCAGUACAUGAGAGUGAGGGCCACUCUUUUGACAAAUGACAUUUUUACUAGGUCACACUGAGCUGGGGUAAUUGAAUUGUAGUCACUUUAAGGUGGGUCCUGGUAGAAGUAACAUUAAUACCCUCUGCCUAGAAUGCCCACGGGAAAUUAAUUAACGUUAAGACUUAAAGAAUCCAAGAAAAGUAACAAUUCAAACAGUUGACUAAAAUGUCAGUUAAUGACAGUAAAGCAUGAAUGUUCUGUUUUAGUCUUAUUUUAUUAAACAGGCAAAGGAAAAACUAUAGAUUUUGAAUGAUGAAAGGGAAUCGGUGGAAUCAAACAUAUCAAGAAAGGCUGCUUGACCAAGUCUGUCAUCUGAUAAAAUGUAAUGAUGUAGACCGUGAGAACAAGUGUGAUGUCCUCCUAUCCUAGGUGUGCUCUUCUUUGCAUUAGGUAUUAAGGCAUCCUGUAGUGGUGAUAAACUUUCAAAUGCUCUCUCUAGUUUAGAGGAGUGUUCUUAACAGUAUUCUAGAUCACAAUCUUUUUAUUUUUAUUUUCCCACAAUGCUAGAGAAUUAUUUAUGUAUUGUACACAAGUCCAAAUUGAAUGUGUUACCUUUUACAAUAAGCUGUGUUUUGUGUUUUGGUUUAAGUUCGAAUUAGAAGCCCCAGACAUAAGGUUUUAUAACUGAAAGUUAAUGCAUAUAUGCAGCACUUUAGAUAAAUGCAAAAAUAUAAGGAAGGUAAAACACUACUAACUGACCGGCUGGAUACAAGUCACCAUUACAGUUACAUUUCCAAGAGAGAACAUGUGAGUGAGAAAUGAAAGAAACCUUUACCCGCUUGUCCAGGUAUAUGUGGAUAUGUAUGUAUUGGUUUCUCAAGGAAAAAUGCUGGUGUGCUUUGAUUUCUCUGAUUUGCUUAUUUUACCUUUUGGUGACAAAUACAAAGAAAAUAAAAACUGUAUGAGUAUAAA